AUGGGGAACGGCAGCACCGGGCCCUGUAACGGCACCGCCGCGCUGCCGCCGCCACCGCCACCACCCCCGGCGGGGGGUCACAACGUCGCCGCCCUGGUGCUGGGCAUCCUCCUCAUCCUCCUCAUCGUGGGCGGCAACGGGCUGGUGUGCCUCAGCGUCUGCACGGAGCGGGCGCUGAAGACCACCACCAACUACUUCAUCGUCAGCCUGGCCGUCGCCGACCUCCUCCUCGCCCUCCUCGUCCUGCCCCUCUACGUCUACUCCGAGUUCCAGGGAGGCGUGUGGUCCCUCAGCACGGUGCUGUGCGAUGCCCUGAUGACCAUGGACGUGAUGCUGUGCACGGCCUCCAUCUUCAACCUCUGUGCUAUCAGCGUGGAUCGGUUUAUCGCGGUUUCAAUCCCACUGAACUACAACCGGCGACAAAUCGACCUGCGGCAGUUGAUCCUUAUUUCCACCACCUGGAUUUUCGCCUUUGCCGUGGCGUCCCCGGUCAUAUUUGGCCUCAACAACGUCCCGAACCGGGACCCCAGCUUGUGUCAGCUGGAGGAUGACAACUACAUCGUCUACUCCUCCAUCUGCUCCUUCUUCAUCCCUUGCCCCGUCAUGCUGGUGCUCUACUGCGCCAUGUUCCAAGGACUCAAGCGCUGGGAAGAAGCCAGGAAAGCCAAGCUCAGGGGCAGCAUCUACGGGGCCAACAGGAAGCUCUACCACCCCUCAACCCUCACGGAGAGAGGGCAGACGGGACUGGAGGGGGAGGAGUGCAACCCUUACGCCCGCUCUGACCCCCCCGGGGACUGUGUGAUGAACAAUGGCAUCCAGACUGUCUCCUACCCACACCUCAAGUACCCCCACCCGGGGCACAGUCGGAAGCGGGCCAAGAUCAACGGCCGGGAGCGCAAGGCCAUGCGGGUGCUGCCCGUCGUCGUGGGUGAGUGGCCGUGGGGAGGCGUGUGGUCCCUCAGCACGGUGCUGUGCGAUGCCCUGAUGACCAUGGACGUGAUGCUGUGCACGGCCUCCAUCUUCAACCUCUGUGCUAUCAGCGUGGAUCGGUUUAUCGCGGUUUCAAUCCCACUGAACUACAACCGGCGACAAAUCGACCUGCGGCAGUUGAUCCUUAUUUCCACCACCUGGAUUUUCGCCUUUGCCGUGGCGUCCCCGGUCAUAUUUGGCCUCAACAACGUCCCGAACCGGGACCCCAGCUUGUGUCAGCUGGAGGAUGACAACUACAUCGUCUACUCCUCCAUCUGCUCCUUCUUCAUCCCUUGCCCCGUCAUGCUGGUGCUCUACUGCGCCAUGUUCCAAGGACUCAAGCGCUGGGAAGAAGCCAGGAAAGCCAAGCUCAGGGGCAGCAUCUACGGGGCCAACAGGAAGCUCUACCACCCCUCAACCCUCACGGAGAGAGGGCAGACGGGACUGGAGGGGGAGGAGUGCAACCCUUACGCCCGCUCUGACCCCCCCGGGGACUGUGUGAUGAGCAAUGGCAUCCAGACUGUCUCCUACCCACACCUCAAGUACCCCCACCCGGGGCACAGUCGGAAGCGGGCCAAGAUCAACGGCCGGGAGCGCAAGGCCAUGCGGGUGCUGCCCGUCGUCGUGGGUGCUUUCCUCUUCUGCUGGACACCGUUCUUCGUGGUCCACAUCACCAGGGCUCUCUGCAAGUCCUGCACCAUCCCCACGCAGGUCACCAGCACCGUCACUUGGCUGGGUUAUGUCAACAGUGCUCUCAACCCCAUCAUCUACACCGUCUUCAACGCCGAGUUCAGGAACUUCUUCCGCAAAGUCUUGCACCUCUUCUGCUGAGCCCGCCGGAGCUGGUGGGGAGAAGGAAGGAAG